CGCAAACCGGUACCGGUUUAAUCACGCCCCAGAUUCAGUUCUUCUGCCAUGGUGGAAGGAGGAGGAAGAAGAAGAAGAAGAAGAUCCUUGCUCUCCUCCUUUGAACUCGCUCUCCUCUUACUCUCACUCUCACUCUCCCUCUCCGUCGCGUUUCCCCGCGCUCUCCCUGAUCCGGAUCUGUUUGAAGAAACCGUCGGCAACUCCUCCGACGCAUCAUCUCUCAACGCUUCUUCUCUGAGUAAGCCUAAGGAAGGUAGCUUCGCCGACAUCAUCGAUCGCGCGCUGGAGAAGGAGUUCAACGAAAGCGAUCAGAGUGAAGUGGCUGAUCCUGGAAGCUUCAACAACAGUGUAGCUGGACAGCAGGCUGUUCUGGAAACUGUAGCCAGAGUGAAGUCAACCAAGAAAAAUGAGACGAAGGAGGACAAGCGGUUUAAACUUCACGAUGUUUUCAACCUGGACAAUGAUAACAGAGCUGAGGACACACCGACUCUGAUUGAUCGAAAAGACAAUGUCUUCAUCAUAUCCAAUUUCAAAUCGAAAUAUCCAGUACUUCAGCUAGACUUGAGACUGAUAUCAGACCUGGUGGUUGUCAUUGUAUCUGCAACUUGUGGUGGUAUCGCCUUUGCUUGUGCUGGACAGCCGGUGAUAACUGGAUAUUUGCUAGCAGGAUCUAUCAUCGGGCCUGGAGGACUGAACUUAAUCAGUGAGAUGGUCCAGGUUGAAACAGUCGCCCAGUUUGGUGUGGUAUUCUUGCUCUUUGCGUUGGGUCUAGAGUUCUCGACUGCUAAGCUUCGAGUUGUUCGAUCAGUUGCUGUUCUGGGAGGCCUUGUUCAAAUUCUUCUUUUUAUGUUCUUGUGCGGAAUCACAGUGUCGUUAUGUGGUGGUAAACUUUCAGAGGGGGUAUUUGUAGGAGCAUUUUUGUCAAUGUCAUCUACUGCAGUGGUGCUGAAGUUUCUCAUGGAGAAAAAUUCAACUAAUUCUCUUCAUGGCCAAGUUACAAUUGGAACCCUUAUUCUUCAGGACUGUGCUGUGGGUUUGUUGUUUGCUUUGCUUCCAGUUCUUGGUGGAAAUUCUGGCAUUGUUGAGGGAAUGUUGUCAAUGGCAAAAGUGGCGGUUGUGCUGCUUUCGUUUUUGGCUGUUAUGUCAAUAUUAUCACGGACAUGUAUUCCUUGGUUGCUGAAGUUAAUGGUCAGCUUAUCAUCACAGACAAAUGAACUCUAUCAGUUAGCCGCUGUUGCGUUUUGUCUACUCGUAGCCUGGUGUAGUGAUAAGCUGGGAUUAAGUCUUGAACUAGGUUCUUUUGCCGCAGGGGUCAUGAUAUCAACUACGGAUCUCGCUGAACAUACAUUGGAGCAAAUCGAACCCAUCCGUAACUUAUUUGCUGCUCUUUUCCUAGCCAGCAUUGGGAUGUUGGUUAAUGUCCAUUUUCUUUGGACACAUGUGGAUAUACUGUUAGCCUCUGUGAUACUAGUAAUCAUCAUAAAGACAACAAUAGUUACUACAGUUGUCAAGGGAUUUGGAUACAACAACAAGACAGCUGUGCUGGUUGGAAUAUCUCUGGCUCAGAUAGGGGAGUUUGCCUUUGUACUACUUAGCCGUGCCUCCAAUCUUCACCUUAUCGAGGGGAAACUCUACUUGCUUCUCCUGGGGACAACCGCUCUUAGCCUGGUUACAACACCACUGGUUUUCAAAGUGAUACCAGCGGUUGUGCAUCUUGGAGUACUGUUAAGAUGGUUUUCUCCAGACUCUUCUAUAGAGGGCAGAAAGGAGAAAUAGUAAGAUCAGAAAGCGGAAAACAGCGGAUGAUACUUAUGUCACGCCAAUCCCACAACUCCUGAAAAGAAGAUUUGUGGAGAAGAGUGGUGUCAUGCUCCUCCACCAAUUUUGACAACAACAACAAAAAAAAAAGUAGUGUUUGCUUCCUGGUCUUCCCUCACUUGUAAGUUGUAAUUAGUAUUGUUUGAUUUUUUUUUUUUUUUU